AUGGAGUGGAAAAUACUACCCAUUUGCUUGUUGCUGCUACUUUCUGUUUUUUUGAUUCAGCAAGUUUCAUCUCAAGAUGUACCAAGCUGUGCAGGGAGAUGUGGGGAAGGGUAUUCUAGAGAUGCCAUCUGCAACUGUGAUUAUAACUGUCAACACUACAUGGAGUGCUGCCCUGACUUCAAGAAAGUCUGCACUGUAGAGCUUUCCUGUAAAGGUCGCUGCUUCGAGUCCUUUGCGCGAGGGAGGGAGUGUGACUGUGACUCCCAAUGUAAGAAGUUUGGCAAGUGCUGUUCCGACUAUGAGACUUUCUGUGAAGAAGUAAACGAUGACAAGAAAAAACCACCUAAAAAGGAACCUAAAAAGGAACCACCAGUUGUGGAUGAAGCUGGAAGUGGCCUGGACAGUGUUAUCCCAGGCACUGAUCACAUAGUGAGAGGACCCAGUCAAGGCAUCAGCUCCCACUCCCUGCUUUUAGAUGAUACCAAUUUAUGCAAUGGCAGACCAGUAGAUGGACUGACUACUCUGCGCAAUGGGACAUUAGUUGCAUUUAGAGGUCAUUAUUUUUGGAUGCUAAAUCCAUUCACUCCACCACCUCCACCUCGCAGAAUUACUGAAGUUUGGGGUAUUCCUUCACCCAUUGAUACUGUUUUUACUAGAUGCAACUGUGAAGGAAAAACGUUCUUCUUUAAGGAUUCUCAGUACUGGCGUUUCACCAAUGAUGUGCAAGAUGCAGGAUAUCCUAAACAAAUUGUAAAGGGAUUUGGAGGACUAACCGGAAAAAUUGUGGCAGCUCUUUCAGUAGCUAAAUAUAAGGACAGGCCCGAAUCUGUGUAUUUUUUCAAGAGAGGUGGCAAUGUUCAGCAGUAUGUUUAUAAACAGGAACCUGUUAGAAAAUGCACUGGAAGAAGGCCUGCUAUAAAUUAUUCCGUGUAUGGAGAUGCAGCACAGGUCAGGAGACGUCGCUUUGAACGGGCUAUAGGACCUCAAACUCACACCAUCAGAAUUCACUAUACACCUGUUGUUAGAGUUUCUUAUCAAGACAAAGGUACCCUCCAUAAUGAAGUUAAAAUGAGUACGAUGUGGAGAGGACUUCCAAAUGUGGUUACCUCAGCUAUAACACUGCCCAACAUUAGACGACCUGAUGGAUAUGACUACUAUGCCUUUUCCAAGGAUCAAUACUAUAACGUCAAUGUGCCCAGUAGAACAGCAAGAGCAGUCACUACUCGUGAUGGGAAGACCCUCUCCAAAGUCUGGUACAAAUGUCCUUAG